CCGGUCAAAACAAUAACCUGCUAUCGUUCAGUGACCAAAGCUAGUGAGCUGAUUAACUUUAUUUCUCUAUUUUGUUACGUUUAAGACGUUUCGAAAGCAUGGUGGAAUCAGUGGGGACAUUUGUCCCCGACGCCAAAUUGUGAAAAGAUGGAUCUCAACAUCAUAUAGUCACUGUUGGAAAGGGGUCAAAUACGCAGAAGAUGCUGGAAAAGCAAAGAAUGUGCAGGACCUGGAGGAUUUUUCUGAAGAACAGUGGACAGAGUUUAACUGUUCAGGACAAACAAGGGACUCAUGAACAACUAUCACAAAACAUAAACACAGUUGCUGAUCAUCCAGGGACGGACGAAGAUACCGAACGGCUGAUAAAGUGGCGCACGGUGCAUAACUAUUUAUUUUCUGGGAAGAGGUCAUCAGCCAGAAAUGGUUGGGAAGCAUUUAUACGUGAGAAUCAGGCAAAACUGGAUGUUAAGUGGACAUCCAGGCAAGCUAAAAAGAAAUGGGAUAAUUUAAAAACAAAACACAAGGAAAUAAAAAAUCUAGGAAAUGACAUAGAAUCAGUCAAUUCAAACACAUGGCGCUGGUUCUGUCUGAUGGAUCAGGCUGUGGAGUGCUCAGCAGGAAGCAGAGUUCACCCUAAGAAUGCCAGACCUGCUUCAUCAGACUGCGGUGAUGAUAUCACUUGUCCACCGCAGCCCUGCAAGAAGCUGUGCCAGGUGCAAGUAGGAGGCGACAUUUAUGAACUUCUUGCGAACUCGGUGAUUGAAGUUCAAGGAGGAAGUGGAAUGACACUAGGAUCUGGAGAAACUGCAUCAGACUGUGUCUCAGUCAAGGAAAAGAAACAUAGACAUGGGAAAGAUGUAGAAAAUGAUACGCGCUCAGAAAUUGCAACCAACACGGACAGCCUGAAGAAGGAAAAGCUGUUGCUGGAGAAGGAGCAUGCUGAGGUGGACAGAGAGAGAGUAAUCCUCGAGAAAGAGAGGGAUCUGACAGAGAGAGUGAACACUGUGCUCCAGAGAGACCGAGCCCAGUUGGAGAAAGAUAGGGCCGCUUUAGACCGGGACAGAGCAUCACUGGAACAGGAGCGAGCCAGGAUAGAAAAAGACAGAGCGGCUCUGGAGAGGGACAGGGCAACACUAGAACGAGAUAAAGACAGAUUCAUGGCUAUGGUUCUUGGCCGAAACAGCGCAGAACACAUUGACACGGACCCCACGCACAGGGAGGAUAGAAAAAGAUUAAUAUUCUUAUUUGAAAGACUGAUUGAGAGAUUUUGAGUUAGUUUGGAUCUGAAUACAUCUGAAUAAACUAUUGAACUGUCAAUGUAGUGUUUAUAUGCUUUAUAAUUCACCUUUGUGUUGUUGUGAGAAAGUAGGAUUAAACGGUAAUGACAGUAAAUUAUGCAGAAAAUUCUCCUUUCAAAUAGUCGCUUUUUUUCUAAGCAAUUUUAGUUUAGGACUGUAUUGUUGUUAUAUUAUUGUGGUAUUGUAAAUGCAGGUGAUAAAUCCAUGGUUAAUGUAGUCAUUACAUAUCAUAUUACUAGCUUUAUGUCUUUUUUGAAAGCUGGUAAAAUCAAAACAUCUGUUUUGAGUGAAAGUUUUUCAUUUAAAUUUUUUUAAUCUGAAUAUCAUUGUCAGUAUUCAUUAACAUAGUGGAAGACCUUAGUAGUAUGAUAGAGAAACUGUAUUUGUUUCAGGAUUCUCUAUCAAAAUCUACUGCAAUUUCACAUUCAGAAAAAAAAUUGAAGAUUUGGAAAGUAUAAAGUGAAUGGAAGAAUGCAGCCUUUUUAAAAUCUUAAGAAUACCCUCUACUGCUUAGAAAGAAGAAUAAAAAUAAAAAUGAAUGUAGUCUCAUGACACCCUGACAUGAAAAGGGCCUGGAAAUGAAUGCACUACACUGGCCUUUGGUCUACCUUUUAUCACUGAUAUGUGAAAUGUGAAGAUCAAAGAGUAAAAGAAUAUAAAUUAAGUGUGUUAAAUUAAAUAACAUUUUGUACUAUAAGAAAUACACAUAAUAUUAAUGUAAAUAUGCAAAUACCAGUAUGCAAUACCAAUAAAAAUAUAACCUUUUUUCAUUGGGAAAAAAAUCUUCCCAGAUGCCUAACCGUAGGCAUUGUUUAGGUUUAACACUUCUGAUCAUGUGUGUGUUGCAGUUAAUAUAUGACCAUGUUUAAAAAGAACCUGAGUGUAUGUUUUGUGUUUUAUAAAACCAUGGUAUCAGAUGAACAUCAUGUGUGGUCAAAUAAAUGGAGUUAUAUUUGUUUCA